ACCCUCAGCUGCGCAGCCUGAGUUCAGGGGUCGCCCCCGCCGACUGCCCAGCUCCCGGCAGCCGCAGGAGGCGGGGACUGGGUGCGCCCGAGGCCCAGGAGACCCCGCAGCCCAGCGGUGUGGACGCCGCCCCUCCCGCGCUGCGGACCCGCGCCUCG